AAAUUUACAUCUGUCGACUAAUACAUAAUGUAUUUAUUUUUUCUCGUUGAAUCACUCAAGGAAAAGAGACUAACGGAGAGGACGGACCGUGAGGAAUAAUAUCACCUUCUCGGUUAUCGAAACGAGACACAAUAUAUUUUUUUAUCGACAGCUACAACCGAUGAGUCUUUCAAGUUAAACGUCGCAUUUUCACUCUUAAAAGAACGGAGCUCCGCUGCAAGAGGACUACCUCCGAGCUCACUUACAUCCAGUACGCGUCUCCAGACGAUGGUCGCAUCUCCAACAUGGCCAGUGUAUGUACUGGUGUUCGUUGCCGCGUGUGUAGUUAACACACAAUCAACACGGGUUUAUAAAAAUGAUUUUGUAGUACAGAUGAAACAUGGAGCUGAUGUCAGUCCCGCCGAUGUGGCGGUGAGAAAUGGGUUUAUCUACAAAAGAGCGAUUACGGCACUAGAGGGCCACCAUCAUUUUAUACACGAGGACCUUCCCCAGCAUCGGCGGAAAAGGAGUAUUGAUCAUAUCGAAUUAUUACAACAAGAUCCAGCGGUGGAGCGAGUUAUUCAGCAAGAGGGAUUUAAACGUGCGAAGAGAAAUUAUAAAGGUGUAAAAGCAGACACAAAAACCUCAACGUAUAAAGUAGAUCCGAAUAACAAAUACAACGACGAACUGUUCGAAAAACAAUGGUACUUGAAAAACACCGGCCAGGCGAAUGGCAAACCUGGUCUUGAUUUGAACGUUGAGGACGCUUGGCGACAGGGCUUUACGGGGAAAGGAGUUGUUGUAGCCAUCAUGGACGACGGUAUUGACUACAGGCAUCCAGAUAUAGCGCCAAACUACCACGCGGGGGCUAGUUAUGAUUUCAGCAGUGACGACAAUUACCCGUACCCGAGGUAUACCGAAGAUUGGUUCAAUAGCCAUGGUACGCGGUGUGCGGGGGAAGUAUCGGCCGUUGCCAACAACUCUGUCUGUGUAGUAGGCGUGGCAUAUGAUUCCAAAGUUGCGGGUAUUCGAAUGUUAGAUCAGCCAUAUAUGACGGAUUUGAUCGAAUCAUCCUCCAUGGGACACGAACCUCAACUAAUUGACAUUUACAGUGCCAGCUGGGGUCCACAGGACGAUGGAAGAACGGUGGACGGUCCACGCGAAUUGACACUGAAAGCCAUAGCGAAUGGCGUAAAUGAGGGUCGUGGUGGACUUGGAAGUAUCUACGUAUGGGCUUCCGGCGAUGGUGGCGCUGCUGACGACUGUAAUUGCGAUGGGUAUGCGUCAAGCAUGUGGACCAUCUCCAUUAAUAGCGCCAUCAAUGACGGACGUACUGCCCUCUACGACGAAUCGUGCUCUUCCACGCUAGCUUCGACUUUCAGUAACGGCAGAAACAGGCACCCUGAAGCCGGUGUUGCCACUACAGAUCUAUACGGAAAGUGUACAUUACAGCAUUCUGGUACCUCUGCGGCCGCCCCUGAAGCAGCUGGCGUAUUCGCCCUCGCAUUAGAGGCAAAUCGUAACCUUACUUGGCGGGACAUGCAGCACUUAACUGUCCUCACGUCCAAACGUAACCAGCUAUAUGACGAGGUGCACCAAUGGCGCACUAACGGAGUCGGGCUUGAAUUCAAUCACUUAUUCGGCUUUGGUGUAUUGGACGCCGGUUCUAUCGUUAGAGAGGCCAAAAAUUGGAAGGCAGUACCGGAACGAUUCCAUUGUACCGGUGCAAGUUACACGGAAGAAGCGGAAAUACCGAGCAACAGAGAAGGCAAAAAGCUGCGGAUUACUUUGAAUACCGAUGCUUGCAAGGGCCAGGAAAACGACGUCCGUUAUCUGGAACACGUCCAAGGCGUCGUUACUCUUAAGUCCAGUAGGCGAGGGGACGUCAACAUAAACAUGACAUCACCCGCUGGAACAACGAGUAUCCUACUGAGCAGUCGUCCCAAUGACGACGAUGCAGAGGAAGGUUUCGAAAAAUGGCCUUUUAUGACAACCCACAACUGGGGAGAAGAUCCAAGUGGUGAAUGGGUAUUGGAAGUUGAGAUGGUUGGCGGCCCGGAACAUGACGGUGUCCUGAGUGAGUGGACGCUGGUGUUACACGGCACCCAGGAGUCGCCCGAAUGGUUGGAUCGCUACAUGGCGGAGCUGGAGCUGAACAACGGACCGGACGUUUUGGAAGACGACGUCGUCGAAGAUAAUAAUGUAGACAUACCCGAUAUUGGCGACGGUGUCCCGAAUGUGGGCCAGGAUGAAACUACAGAACUUGAAAAUGUUGACGAUUUAGAAGACAACGAAGGGAUCGUGGAGCAAGUUGACGGUGAUGAUGAGAUAAUAGAAGACGAUAACGAACAGAACAAGAUUCCAGAAUCGGUAUUCAUGGAGUACUACGACUACGGAGGAUCUGAAUACGAAGACUCCUAUAUGACCAGCGAACGCUACUUGGCCCAGUCUAUAUACAAAUAUCUAGAACAAGAAAACAGCAAAGGCAGAAUGGAUGCGGAGACGGCGGAGAAAAUAUUCAACAAGAUGGUCGAGGAACAAGUGUCAAAGGACGACAUGGAAAAGCAGUUAGGGAAAGCCAUCCAAUACGCAAUGAACAGCAAGUAUCGCAAACCCGAGAACUACGGAUAUUAGGAGUAAACAAGUGGCGGAGGGAUAUCAUUUAAGUGAUGCAAGAACAGCCAUUUUUUUGUGUUCAUUUCCACAGAGCAUUGUGGUAGUGUCAAACCGACCUUCGUUUUUAAUUCAGCUUUCAUUUUUUCCCCGGGAGGGUGGGGUGGGGGCUCUUAGAGUUCAUGGUGUUAAUGAUACAUCACAUAUUACGAGUAGGCCUCUGACUUUUGAGCAAUACAAGAUUUAUUCCAAUGGUAUCAGCACCAGGUUAACACUUCUUCCGGUUAUUUAUUAUUAAUUUCUGUUGCUCGGACUGUGAAAGAUGCCGAUGAUUUUGCCAACAUCAUAGCGAUUAUACUCUCACCAUGUGAUGACCA